UAUCACGAUUUAACAAUGUGCUAUAGUGGUGCUGCAACACUUUUUUUCGGAGAUGGAACCAGAGUAACUGUCAUAGAACAAAAUGUUUCCCUGCCUCAUGUUAAAAUACUUGAGCCAGUGCCAUACAAAUCUAAUGAGUUUGUGACUCUGGUGUGCCUGGCCACUGACUUCUACCCUGACCAUAUUGAACUGACAUGGGAAAUCAAUAAGAAGAAAACAACUGAUAACGCAAAGUCUGAUUAUAGAGCAGUCCAAUCAAAGAGUAAAACAUACAGCAUCAGCAGCAGACUGAGGGUGUCCAGAAAUGUUUGGUGCAAUGCAGAUAAUGUGUUCACCUGUGUGGCCAAGUUUUAUAAUGAGACUGAUAAGGCCAUAUACAUAACAGAUCAUGUCAGUGGAAAAGGCAAACUGAAGAAAGAUGGGAAGAGUACAAAGUUUGCAUAUAUUCUACUUUUGUGUAAAAGUUGCUUGUAUGGGCUGAUAAUCCUUUUCCUCAUUUGGAAAUUAAAGCAUUCUUCAAGAAAACAAUCAUAAAACAGGACAAACAAAAGGAAAAGCAAGACACCUUUGAUUUUAUUUCUUUAUGCUUUCUUUGAUGUAACAGUUUUUGCUGAAAUACCUUUAAAAUCCAAUGCAAUACUCUGAAAGCUCAAUAUUAUUUAAACAUAUUAUUGAAUAAAAUAUAUAAAGCAUUU